AUGGCACAAGCAUAUAUCAUCCCCGACGAGACGGCCAAGAAGCUCGCAUACGGCAAUCUCCUGGACGUCUUCUCAAACCGCGACCCUCAAUCACGCCUCGUGGCUGUCAAGGAAACGUACCACUCGGACGUCACUUUCUAUGCACCCGACGCGACGCACACGGGCCACGACGCCGUGAACGCGGAAGCCCAGAAACUGCUCGAUGAGCGCCCGGGGUGGGGAUUCGUGCCCCAGGGCGGUGUGACGAGGAAUCACGACAUGUUGUAUCUGGCCUGGGAACUGGGGCCUGUGGGAGACGACGGACUCGUCAAAGUCAGGGUCAAGGGUGCGGAUGUGUUGAUCGUCGAGCAGGGGAAGGUGAAGAAGUUUUGGGUCAUCAUUGAGGGGGUCACCGACGUGAAAGCCUAG